UGCUCAGACGUGACUCGCGACGCAACCCUCAUUUUUUGAUCGCCCCGUAAACCGUUUCUCCCUUUCGUUUGUUUCUCGUCCCGAUACAUCGACGGUUUUAUUAACGGUGAGGUGCGUAAACUUAUUGCGCGCUCGCGACAUUGCUCUCCACGCUGGAGCGUCCCGAUACGUCAUCCCGAUCAGCUGUCGACAUCGCAAAAACCAAUAAGAGUAUUUGAUCGGGUUGGAAAAUGUCUUUCGCGCUAGUAAACGAAGAGACAAAUGAGUCAAAUUGCUAUAGAUCGUGGUUGGAAAGGAUCCGGAAGGAGAGUCCGGCUUUCUUAACAAUAGUAUCCUUGGAGCUUCCGGAAUCCCCGAUUCCCUUGAUAGAGUAUCAAGCGAACGCGCGUUGGAGACGUAAUGGUUCUGAUGAAGUCGCAAAUGACAAGGAUGACAUCUUGGACGAGUUUCUGGAGAAGGUUACGGAGGCCGGGAAGGAUAGGGGAAAGGAAAGUCGCGCAGGAAGGAACAAUGUGUUCCGAAGAAGUCGGCGGGAUAACAGGAAGGAGGGCGAAUCUCUGGAAUGUACGAAAAUGCUAGCCACCCUCGAGGAAUGCACGAGAAACAUUAUUGAAGGACCGGGCCGCGAGGGAUCGAGCCGGCAGGAUGUCAGCGACGAUUGCAUAUGCUCCGAGAUACAGAGAGAUCUCGGAAUCGGCAGUUCGGAGGUCGCGCGCACCACGAGUCCGGAAGUGACUCACACGAUUCGGAUCGCGAUGAAGUGUCAUCGUGGCCAGUCGGUGCACGAAGAAGACGACGACGAGGGUCCCGAGGAGGCGGAUGAGCGGCGAACGGAAGAGGAGACGGAGGAGGGAGAAGGAGAGAGGAUAAGGAAUGACAGGAAGGAUUUUCAAGGUUCGUCGAAGGCGAGGAAGGAGCCGGUGAAGCACGACGUUUCUCGCUGCACCGUCGCUGCAGGUGUAAACGCGGCGUUGGACUUCACGCUAAAUUGCAAUAGCGUGCGACUGACUUUUCGUGAUACGAACCUGAAGGCAGCGACGCGAGGCGAAAGAGUUAUGUAAAUCGUUCACGGAUAGUCCUUAUAUCGUAUUCACAAAGCGAGAAGUACAGCCUGAGGUAAACAAGAUAUCGAAGCUCCGAUUGAAGAAACUAUCUGCUACUCUGCAGCUUUGACGCGAUGCGCACAGGUGGAUGCAAUAGGCCAUCGAACCAACGAUGCAACCUGUUGCAAUAAAAUUCCCCGUCUACCUGGCCAAGGGAGAGAAACGGGGUUAGAUAAGGUAAGUGGCGGUCUCUCACCAGGGCGUUUGCUGUAGUUCAUUUCAUAAUCAGGAUGCUAGGCGAGGACUACCUGCGAGAUCCGUGCAGUAGACCAAAGCCGAUGGAAUGCGGAAGGAAUAGAAGAUUGCACUUUGAAUGUGGGAAAAUGUUUUUUAUCAAAAAUAUAUUUUAUUAGAAGUAUGACUCUUUAUAUCAAGUCGUCUGAGUUCAUAGAUUGUAUUUUUACAGUGAAAUUUUUCAGUCAAAAGUUAUAAUUUUUAUUUGAAUGAUAAAGUGCGAAGCUAGUUUAAUUUCUUCAGCCAAAUUCCUUCG